AUGGCUCUCCUCACUGAGGCAUUUGUUCCCGGUGCGGCACCUCCAUCGCUGCCUGUCGCGAGGCUCGCCGCAGCUCCCGGCAGGGCCACCCGUGCUCCGGAGCGAGGUACGCCAUGGACGCUGGCGGCGGCCGCUUCGGCUCUUGCAGCGGGCGUUGCGGUGAAGAGGCGGGCCACGCGUGCGAGCGCUGGGGCCAGGACGGCCGUCGGCAUGGGCGCCGAGGCCGGACUGUUGAAGAAGAAUCGCAAGAAGAUGCGCGAGAUGGAGGUGGAGAUGAUGGAGGGCGCGCUGAAGACGCUCUUCGCGCGGAUGGAUGAGCCCGACAUCUACAAGGUGCGAGAGAUCCUCAUGCGCUUGGCGAAGACCAACCCACGGCCCAAUCAAAGCUUGGCAGGGGACUGGAUCAUCUUCUGGGCCUCACGAGAGGGGUGCAUCGACAAGCUCUUCGGCACUGGCAUGACAGACGAGGGCUGGUGGAUGCAGAUGCAGGAGUACCUGCUCCGCUUCGGAAAGAAGAAGGAAGGUCGGGUCUGCGAAGCCAUCGAGAUCAUCCGAAAAGUGGGGCCUUUCCCGAACCAGUCGAACUGCCUGCGGGGGAAGUACGCGAUAUCGGGCACCAACCGGCUCAAGAUCACCUUCAAGGAGAUGAAGACCGACGAAGGCAAGGACCUGGAGUUCCGAGAGGGGAAGGACAAGCUCGUUGUCGACGUAGAUGUCAUCUACUCCUCCAAGAACAUGAUCGCCAUCCAGUGGGAGGACGCCAACGGCGAGUGCGAUUUUUACGUGCUCACCCGCGUCAGCAACAUCAUCGCGGAGAGGGACAAGUUUGUCGGCACUUCCCGCGCUCGGUACUUCUUCAACUGA